AUAACAAUACAAAAACUACAAUAAUCAUUCUUUUGGAAUAUUAAGAAUUAUAAUACAAAUUAGAAGAUGGAUAACUUAUCAUCAGAGCAAAUUACACUACUGCAAGAGGCUUUCUCCUUGUUUGACAAAGAUGGAACUGGUACGUUAUCAUGUACAGAAUUUGGUACCCUGAUACGAUCACUCGGUUAUAAUCCAUCAGAAGUUGAGCUAAAUGCCAUUGCAGAUGAACUGAGUGAACGUGGUAUUGACACUAUUGAUUUUUCUACGUUCUUGCAUCUGAUAAAUAAACAUAUGAAAGAUACAUUCAACAAGAAAGAUAUUCUUGAUGCAUUUAAGAUCUUGGAUCGUUAUGGCACUGGCUUUAUUAAUGCGAACGAAUUACGUUACAUUCUAACAACUCAAGGAGAGAAAUUGACAAACGAAGAAGUGGAUGAACUGUUUCAAGAAGUGAAGAUAGAUGAUGAAGGCAGAAUUAUUUAUGAUGAAUUUGUCAAAUUGGUCUUAUCAAAUCUGUAGAGUACCACUUAAAAUGUAAUUCAUUUCGGUUUGCGAAACAAAAUUUUGAUAAUUCAUCAAAAAUUAUUAAAUUUUCAAAAUUAAAUGAAUAUACAAUAGUUUGUUUAUUAGAAAAAUAAAAUUCAAAAUGUAA